AUGGGGGAGGCUUCUCCCGCGGAGUCCGCGCCUGCGCGGUGCGCUCCUUCCGCUGGCCCCAGCGCGCCACCCGACGGGGCUGGGCCCCGCGCGGCGAUGGCGGAAUCCGCGGAAGACCUGGCGGACCUGCUCAUUCAGGUCCGCCGAAGCGUCCUUUAUUACGUUGUUCGAAUAUCUAGCGAAUGUCACGCGCACCCACCUCCCCCUCCUCUCGCGCAUCUCUCCACUUCGUGUACCCCUCGUCUCCCCGCCCCCGCACGCUACCCCACUGUUUGCCCCCAUCCUGCCCGAUUUUUCUCCCCACUUCCCGCUCUCUCCACCGUGUCUUCCCCUUGUCUCCCCUCAAUCUCCCCGCGAUUUCCUCCUCCCCUCCCCUCUCUCCCCCACCCCCUCAACGUACAGUGCGCGCGGUACGGGGACAUGGAGGACGUGGCAGCAGCGCUGGACGGCGGGGCUGAUGCUGGCGUGGCGGACGAUGAGGGGCGCACAGGUGAGGCGGGGGAGUGUGGGUGGGGGGAUGAGGGGCGCACAGGUGAGGCGGGGGAGUGUGGGUGGGGGGAUGAGGGGCGCACAGGUGAGGCGGGGGAGUGUGGGUGGGGGGAUGAGGGGCGCACAGGUGAGGCGGGGGAGUGUGGAUGGGGGGAUGAGGGGCGCACAGGUGAGGCGGGGGAGUGUGGGUGGGGGGAUGAGGGGCGUACAGGUGGGGGAGGAGGGAUGAGGGGCGCACAGGUUGGGGGGUGGAGUGAGGGGCGCAUAGAUUGGGGGGGGCGGAUGAGGGGCGCACAGUGUGCCAUGCGCACGUUCAGCGCUGCACAUGUUGUAACCUCUUUCCCCCACCCCCUCCCUGUGCCAUGCGUGCAUACAUGGCAUAACCCUUUCCCACACCCCCUCCCUGUGCCACGCAUGAAUGCAUCGCUGCACAUGGCAGCAGCCAAUGGCCACACAGAGAUCGCUCGCCUGCUCAUCCAACGAGGGGCUGUGAGUGUCUUCCCUUCCACUGCCCCCUCCUCCUUGGCCCUCCCCCCUUGGCCCUCCCCCCUUGGCCCUCCCCCCUUGGCCCUCCCCCCUUGGCCCUCCCCCCUUGGCCCACCCCACCCCCCCAAUACCCACUUCCCUGCUGAUCCAACAAGGCUCGGUGAGCUCCCCUUGCUGCGCUGCUCCCCCCGGCUGUCCACCAAUCCUGCUGCAAUGGCUGCUAAUGCCCCUCCCUCCCUGCUGUCCCUUCCUUCUGCCUCUAAUCCAUGUGAGCCGCGUGCCCCUCCCGUCUAUGCUCCUUCCCAUCCCACGCUGUACCCUGUACACCAUGCGCCCCUUGCUCGUGCAACCCUUGAACCCGGGCCCCUUGUCUCUCAGCCAGUGAAUGCAGUGAACCGGCAGGGCAACACACCGCUGCACUGGGCGGCUGUUAAUGGCAGGGACUCGAUGGUGCAUUUGCUCAUCACUGCUGGAGCCAACCCCUCCGCCCUCAACAGCCACGAGCGCACGCCAGUGGAUGAGGCGAUUCACAGCAACAACCAGCUCACCCUAGACGCCAUCAACACUGCCGUUGCCACGCGGGAUGCUGCGAGCUUGACUGUCGCGGGCAGCCACGGCGACGACACAGGGGGCGAUGGCGAUGGGGGAGAUGAAGCCACGAAUAUCAUGGCGUGA